CUGCAAUCCAUUUGCGUCACGCACGGUAACAACCCAACCCGCAGGAAGAGAGGCGAUAACGAAAUCAAAUAUUAUGUUGAGUUGGGGGAGAUACAGACACAGAAACAAGUUGACAGCAGCAGUAGAAAUUGCCGUACAGGGGCGAAACAAUACACUGCAUUCAUCAUGCUGGCGGUAUUGAAGGGUUUUACUUCCGAGACAUUCAUCUACGGCUGCAUUCUUCUGGCAACGAUCGGCACUGUGCUCGACAAUCUGUGGUACGGCUCCCCGACUUCGUUCUGCCAAACUAUCCGCACGGAUCAAGGAACUGAGACUGUUUGCGAGGAACUGCCUUUCGCAGGUGGUUGGAGUCCAGUGCGAGAACCAAAAUCCAAUAAAUGGGAGGACAACAAACCAAGUUCCAUUGCUGUCACCAUUCUUACGAUUAAUUGGUUUGUAUUUGAUGAAGAGAAUUGUCGCAAAACCUUCCCAUUGUCUCAAAACUUUGUCAAACUAGAUAAUAGUCAAACAAGAUAAAAUUAAUUAAUUUGUAAUAUUUCUUGUAUAAAAA